ACUACAUAUCUCUCAAAUUUCUAGCUAUCUUCAAAUAUUAAAUCAAGUUCUGAGGAAUUAAUUUGUAGCAUGGCUGAUAAUAAGGAAGGAGGCAUCGUGAAGAAAGGUCACGAGCAAGGAAUGAAAAUGGCAAUUUCCCUUUUGCAAGAGUUCGACCUCCCCGAAGGGCUUCUGCCUCUAGCCAACGUGGUGGAAGUGGGUUACGUGAAAGAAACUGGAUACAUGUGGAUUGUGCAGGAGAAGAAAGUGGAGCAUGAGUUCAAGAUGAUCAGCAAGCUAGUGAGCUAUGACAAUGAGAUUAACGGCUUUGUUGAGAAGAAAAGGAUCAAGAAGCUCAAAGGAGUGAAGGCCAAGGAGCUGAUGCUAUGGCCUCCGGUGAGUGAGAUCACCAUUGAUGAUAAAAAACCAGGGAAGAUACAUUUCAAGAGUCUUGCUGGGAUCACCAAGACAUUCCCUGUUGAGGCUUUUGCUGCUGGCCAGUGA